AAUCUGGAACUAAAGGUGAUCAAAUACAUUAAUGACGCAUUGCUAAUGUGUACGUGUUUGAAGCAGUGAUCCUUGGCCAGCCGUUCGACUUUAAGAUCUGAAAAGAAUAUCGUCAGUACGAGUACAGACAGCGAUAGUGACGUCAACAAGUGCAUGCUAUUUUUUGUAUGGGUUUCCAGUCCCUCGAGCAGCAACAUGGCGAUGCGCAUACCAUGGGUCCUAGUACUCUUGCUAGCUGUCUACAUUCCUGUUGGCCAAUCAAGAGAGAAGAAACACAAGGUUAAGCAUCACGUGCAUGGUCGCAUGACACGGAGCGAACUGGAGUGGUAUUUUGGCGUAUCAUCUCCUCUCCAAGUUUCAGAUUACGAGAUCGUCAGCCCUACGUUGUCGAAAGCGGACGGAAAAAUUCGAAGCUACCGGCUGUUACCAGAAAGGCGUCAAGGAAGACCAGUAGAAGAAGUCCUGAACCAGGAAUGGCACUAUUCGAUUCCUUUAAAACAUCACACUCUGGUGUUGAAGGUCGUGCCUAGUGUUAUGUUGACACAUCGACCAGUUACCAUAGAAACGCAUCAUUCAAAUGGCACGACCACCAAUGACACAAUCCCAUGGAUGUCUCACUGUGUUGGUCACGUGGUCUCACAACCUGGAUCUCUUGUUGCUAUUAGCAACCAUAAUGGAUUGGAUGGUCUCAUAAGAACAAGUCACAACACAUGGUACAUUCGUCCACUGUCCCGUCGACUGGCCAUGGUAAAAGGGCUGAAGAAAAGACGAUGGGAAAGACCUCACAUCGUAACGCGAGUCAGAAGGAAUGUCCCAGAAUUCCUGAAGGAAGAAAACGCUUUAGAAGCGAGCCUUGAGAAGAAGAACGAAGUCAAGAGGGAAGAGACGAAGCAUAAAUACAUGGAAAUGGCUAUUGUUGCUGAUGAGUAUGCUAUUUCAAGUAUAGGAGAGAAACUGAUUCCAUAUCAUCUUAUGAUGCUGGCUCACUUGACAAAUGCAAUGUUUAUUGAUGAGAGCAUUGGAGAGAAAAAGAUCACUGUUGUGAUCAUUAAAAUGGUGCUUAAGAAAAACGGGUUUGGAUAUCGCAGGAAGGCAAGCAACAGAGACAAGCUUAAUGCGAUGAAUUCCUGGGCAAUUGAAACAUUCCCCUUAGAUGAUAAAGAUGGACGUCACCCUGAUGUCGUGUCUCUGAUCACUAAAGGUAACGGAGGAGGAAUUGCAGAGUCUAUAUCAACUUGUCGCAAGAAUGGGUUUGGCACGACUGUUUCUAAUGACUUUGGACUGAGCACGUCACAAAUCAUUGUCCAUGAGACUGCGCACACACUUGGGGUUGGACAUGAUGGCGACCUGGGCUGUAAAAAUGGAGUCAAUAUCAUGACAACUCAGGUUACAGGCGGAAAGGGUGCCCUGCGAUGGUCGUCUUGCAGCCGUCGCCUCAUACAACAAUUUCUAAGUGGCCCUGGUUCUAGUUGUCUUGACGAUGUACCCACCAACACCGUCCAUGAACCCCACCUCUUCAAAGUCAAACUACCUGGUCAGGUGUAUGACGGAGAUGCUCAGUGCAGAGUGGCGUACGGACCAAAAUACUUACACUGCAAACAAAAAUUAUCUGAUUGUGGCUCUCUUUGGUGCUCGACUGGAGGAGCGACGUGCCAUAGUUCUAUAGCACCACCAAUGGAUGGUACGAAAUGUGGAGAAAGACAUUGGUGUAUCAGGGGAGAGUGUGUUGAUGAUGGCUCACCCAUGGUGGAUGGUGCCUGGAGCUCCUGGUCUUACACCAAAUGUUCUCAUUCGUGUGGAGGUGGAGUCCAAUCUAAGACAAGAACCUGUACAAAUCCAAAACCAGAACGCGGUGGAAUGAAAUGUGAAGGCAUCGAUAAAACAGGAUGGAGAAUAUGUAAUUCACAACCAUGUUCAAGAGGAGACAAAACAUCACGCACACGUGAAUGCGAAGCUUUCAGUCCAAGUUACAGAUCAUAUAUAAUGUCUAAAGAUCCUUGUACACUACGAUGCAUGUCAGGAGCAACACUUUACUCAAAGGGGAGAGUGACAGACGGCACAAGAUGUAGUGGAGAUCCUAACGUCAAGGAUGUCUGUGUGCAAGGAAUAUGUAAGAAUGUCGGUUGUGAUAACAUACUGGAAUCAGGCGUCAAAUUCGAUCGAUGUGGAAAGUGCAAUGGUGAUGGCACCAGUUGUAAGGUGGUGAAGGGCGUUUACACAAAGGACUACAGACGAUGGGGUUUGUCGAAUGCAGAUCUAAUGUUUACUGUUCCUGCUGGGUCUACACAUAUCUAUGUAGCAGAGAGAGCUAAAGAUCAUAACUUGAUAGGAAUCCAAGAUUCCAAAGGAGAGUUUUUGUUUAAGUUUCCUUCGAACAGUCGUAACAUACAAGCAGUGGGAACGACAGUCAUGUACCACAGUUCACGAUCAAUAGACAAAGAGUUUUAUUAUAUCAAAGGACCCACUACAGCUGAGCUUCGAUUUGUGUUUGCUCAUUUCGAAUAUAAAAACCCAAACAGAGGCGUCGAUUACCAAUACUUCGCGCCUGGCAAGUCAGUUGUAACUGCUGACCAAGUUGGUUGGAAAUCUUCACCAUGGAGUGAAUGUUCACAAUGGUGUUCUGGAGGUGUUCAGAACCGAACAGUGGAGUGCAUAAGGCUUGACUACACAAAGUCAUUUGUCAACGAAGAAGUCUGUAAACAAAAAGAAAGAAAACCCGAGAGGAUUCAAGCAUGCAACACAUCUCCUUGUAGGGCAGAGUGGCUCAGAGAUGCUCCAUGGAGACCAUGCUCCAAAACCUGUGGCAAAGGCACUCAAAUACGACGUACGAUUUGCCGUGAGCAAAUCGCUAAGGACAUCUACCGUACUGUGCCUAAUAACAGAUGUAGAGGUAGUCCACCCGGACCAAUGUCAAGGGACUGUAACAUGAUUGAUUGUCUUCCAGAAUGGACUCCACUUGAAUGGGGAAAGUGUUCCAAAACAUGUGCUGGUGGCCUGGUAACGAGGAAGCUUGCUUGCCGUCGCCUCAACGAGAACGGCCAUUACAUGCCACUGGCGCCACAUAUGUGCCGUCACGCAUCACGCCCACCAACACAAGAACCUUGCAACUCCGAUAUCCUAUGUUCUGUUGGCUCCAACAACAUAGGAAUAACACCCCGCUACAGAGCCUUAGGGUGCUAUCGUGAUGGUCGUCCACACGCUGUUCCGGUUUACUUAGGGAGCAUGCGCAGUAAGAUCAUAUGGACCAAUCUCAAGCCUACUGUUGACGCAUGCGCGCGCUUAGUAAAGCAGCGCAACCCGACGUAUCAAGCGUUUGGUGUGAAGUUCUACGGAGAAUGCUGGUCUGGGCCGAAUGUGCUGAAGACAUAUAAAGAAUAUGGGAAAGGCGAAGGGCGGGAGAAUUGCUAUCGCGGGGUUGGUACUCACUACACAUAUUAUGUCUAUGAGUUUAUUUAAAACUAUCGUUUUAGUUUCAAACCAAACCAAAUGUGUGUUUGCCCAAAAUUAGUAUUGAGAUAGUCAGACAUCUUUCUAAAAUUGCUAUAAAUGCAAACUUUGUUUGUAAUAAUGUGUAAAUGACUAUUUAGAUGUUGCAUCUAUUUUACAUUAAAAAAUAACGAAAAAAC